GUCAUAUCCUAAUAAUGCUUGUCUAUUUUGUGGUUCGACUGUUCUAAUGGUUUCAUAAUGCUUUCUGUUUGCAGUCCACAAACACUGGUUCGUGCUUUGAGAGUUGUUGAAAUGCAAGAAAUUCUUGAUCAACAACUUGCUGAAGAGGCAGCUGAGGCUGAAGGAGGAGGUGCAAUGGCAGCAAUUACUAAUCCUCGUAGACCUGGCAAAAAAUCUACAACUGCAUCUGGUUCUUCUAGAAACCUUACUCAGCAAAAGCUGAAAGUUCAAGGGAAGGGCUACAAGGACAAGUGCUAUGAGGAAAUUAGAAAAGCUGUUGAGGCACGGUUCAACAAGCUUCUUACAGAGCUUGUGUUUGAGGACCUAAAAGCAGCUUUAGAGGAAGCUCGAAUGAUUGGAGAGGAACUUGGAGAUAUUUAUGAUUAUGUGGCCCCAUGCUUUCCUCCAAGAUAUGAAAUAUUCCAACUCAUGGUGAAUCUAUAUACUGAGAGGUUUAUACAAAUGCUUAGAUUGCUUAGCGACAGGGCAAAUGAACUAACAAAUAUAGAGAUCUUAAAGGUAACUGGCUGGGUAGUUGAAUAUCAAGAAAAUCUGAUUGGUCUUGGUGUUGAUGAGUCUCUUGCACAAGUCUGUUCUGAGAGUGGUUCUAUGGAUCCUCUCAUGAACUCAUAUGUUGAGAGGAUGCAAGCUACAACAAAGAAAUGGUAUUUGAACAUCCUUGAGGCUGAUAAAGUGCAAGCACCCAAAAAAACUGAAGAAGGAAAGCUAUAUACUCCCGCUGCUGUUGAUUUGUUCAGGAUCCUAGGAGAGCAAGUGCAAAUUGUUAGGGAUAAUAGCACUGAUGUGAUGCUAUACAGGAUUGCUCUUGCAAUUAUUCAGGUAAUGAUUGAUUUUCAAGCAGCAGAGAGGAAGAGACUUGAAGAACCUGCUUCUGACAUUGGUCUGGAGCCUCUAUGUGCAAUGAUUAACAACAAUCUGCGAUGCUAUGACCUUGCGAUGGAGCUGAGUCACAGCACCAUAGAAGCUCUUCCACAAAACUAUGCUGAGCAGGUUAAUUUUGAAGACACUUGCAAAGGUUUCCUUGAGGUGGCCAAGGAAGCUGUGCAUCAAACUGUUCAUGUUAUCUUUGAGGAUCCUGGAGUUCAGGAGUUGCUUGUCAAGCUUUAUCAGAAAGAGUGGUCUGAAGGACAGGUUACCGAGUACCUAGUUGCAACAUUUGGUGAUUAUUUUACAGAUGUGAAAAUGUAUGUUGAAGAAAGAUCAUUUAGAAGAUUUGUUGAAGCAUGCCUGGAAGAAACAGUGGUUGUCUAUGUGGAUCAUCUAUUAAUACAGCGAAACUACAUCAAAGAAGAAACUAUUGAACGAAUGAAGCUAGAUGAGGAUGUUCUUAUGGAUUUCUUCAGGGAGUACAUAAGUGUCUCAAAAGUUGAAAACAGAGUGAGAAUACUGAGCGAUCUUAGAGAACUUGCUUCUGCGGAAAGUCUGGAUGCCUUUACACUGAUCUACUCAAAUAUUCUUGAACAUCAGCCUGACUGCCCGCCAGAGGUUGUGGAGAAGCUUGUUGGAUUGCGAGAAGGCAUACCCAGGAAAGAUGCCAAAGAGGUUGUGCAAGAGUGCAAAGAAAUUUAUGAGAAUUCCCUUGUUGAUGGAAAUCCUCCCAAGACAGGUUUUGUCUUUCCAAAGGUGAAAUCUUUAUCAGCCUCUAAAGGAUCUCUCUGGCGAAAAUUGACUUAGUGCUGGUUGUACAUGAAGUGUGUUGUAAAUGUUACAAUCUUUUUCUUCUGUCCUUCUUGGUAAGGUUCUGUAUUUUUUGAUCUAGUGUACUAUUUAUAGUUCCCUUCAUGGGCCCACCACCGCUUCACCCUCCCACUGAUCUCUUGUAAGAGGGGUCUAUAUGAUUUAUUGUUGCAUCAGCUUUGGGUGAUGUAACUGAAUGCUCUUUGUUUUACAUGGUAUGUAGAUCAAUUUGAUAUGUAAACUCCAAGUUAUUCUUGGAGGCUUUAGAUGAA